CAUGUCUCUGACAGAAGUGGUGGGCUAUGUUGAGACAGAGCAAGGAAAGUGAAAACGUCAGGCAGUGUCGAGGUCAAAGAAGAGACGUGGAAAUAGCUCAGAUGAUGUCAUCACAGGACAAAAAUGAAGUUCUGGCUGUUCUCUUCAUGAAGUGGUCAGAGGUUAAUCGACCACUUAGAAAGGAGCUACAGCUGGUCCUCCAGCGCUGGUUCAUCAGAAACCAUGUUGGAGCAGCCUGCUUAGUUUUAAGUGCCUCAACAGACGGGAGAGUUGUGGUGAAGAUUACACCUGCCCGAGCCCUGCGUGAGCUUCAGAAACUGAAAGGACAAACACUGACCAUUAAUGAUGACACAACAGUCACAAUAAUAUCUGUCAGUCUGCCAAAGGCAGAGCUGGAGACACAAAGACCAGAUGAUGCUUCAAUCGACCUUCCUCCUUCAUUCUGCUCAGAACCACAAGUGGAAGGACAGCUGGGGAAACAGAGAAGUGACGUGUUUUCAUGUACUUGCGAUAUCCCAAUGCACCAUUUCUGGUAUGUGAACCAGGCCUACAAGGAGGAAAUUAAACGUAUAGAAAAAGAGAGUGGAGUAAAAAUCAUGGCAGAAGUGAAGCUGACAUUUGAAGCAAACCAGAAAGAUGCAAGUCCAAACCAUGCUUUCUCUGAGUUCAUUAACCUUGUCCAGAAAUGCUCAGGGGAAUCCAGGGGCUUCACUCUUCCUCUCAAGGAGAUUAAUCCAGAAGAGUGGAAGGACACACUGAAUGUCAUCCAGAGACCUGAGAACAAGCUUGUCCUCGCUCUGUCCUCUGAAGAAAUGACCGUGUGUGGGCCAAGAAAAAGUCAAGAUGUCAUCAGAAAGUCCUUAAAUGCAAGAACAAGUAUCAGCACUUCUGUGGGAGUGUCUACAUGGGCUUCUCAAGACACAGUGUCUACACAGGCGUCUCGACACAAAGAGUCUACACAGGCGUCUCAGGUCACAGUGUCUACAUGGGCAUCUCAAGACACAUUACGGAACAUUGGCAUGAGCAUCAAUGACCCUCUCGUCAAUGCCGGACUCACCAUGGAGGAAAACCACUGGAAGCUGAUGACUACUUCCUACAGUGAGCAUGUAGAUAAGAUCAAAACUAAGUUUGGAGUGGACUUUAAAGAAUCAGGCACCAGUCAAGGCAAAGUGGAAGUCAAAGCUUGCCACAAAAGAUCUGGAGUAAAUGCGUCAAUGGAGAGCCAUGCUGUCAGAGCUCUUCUUCAUCUGUACCAGAAGAUUGCAACAUCACCCUACAGCUUCACCCAACCCAUUGGUGCUGCUGGGUCUGGUUAACAGUCUUGAGUGUUCUGAUCCUGGUUAUUUGAGCAGAGUCAAGGAGGAGCUGAAGGCUAAAGGCACUGAGUGAAGACCUUGUUACAAAGUAAGGGAAGUUGUUUUCACACAAAAAAAAAUGAGACAAUUUAAAACAAGCAAUUAGGGACUAUUCCCUAUUUAUGAGAGGGGAGGGGGUGGUGAAAAACAGUGAAGGCACUUAUAUAAAUUUUUAAGCAUUGGAGAGGGAGUUGUGUUUUUUGAUUUGGCAUAUUUGUCAUAUUUUGUAUAUAUUUUCAGGACCCCAAAACCCACAAAUGGGUUUGAAAGGCAUGUUUAGUUUUUAUUUAAUUCGCAAAUUUACACCAUUUAUCAUAGACAGAGACCACAAAAACAGAAAUUUUUAGAUUUUCAAAUUCCCAAAGGUCCUGCAACACCUCAUGUGGGACAAACACUUAUGUCAGGAAAAAUAAUCAAAUCUAAGCUUAAAAUAUUGAUAUAGUGCUAUAGUGUGCUUCUGCAUGCAUGCUGCCUCUGUGACAUACAAUUUAUUUUUUUUACCCCCUCCCCUCUGAUAAUUUGAGUACAGUCCCUUACUGCCAUGCACAUACUGUUGUACUGUCUCUCUUCUUCUCAUGUAAUUUUUUUUUACAUGUUCUAUCUUCACCUGUAAAGCUUAACUCUCUUACUUGAAAAGAAUUUCCUGUUUUUGUUAAUUGAAAAAGUCUUUCUAUUUAAAUCUGUAUAAGAAUGAAAUAUACCAACAUAAUUUAAACUUUAGCCCACACUGACUCAUCACAGUAUCCUUCUCUUUAUCAGCACGUUGUGGAAAAAAAAAACACAAAACACUGUGGCUUGUUUUUCUGUACAAUUUUUUAAAAUUUUAUUUAUAACAAUAUCUGUUAUUUAGUUUGUAAAGUACUCCAGCAAAAAUUAAACAUUAUUCUCUUUCCAGAAGAAAGUCUGAGCCUCCAUGCAUCGUGUACUAUAAAAGCUAUGUGUCAUUUUUCAUUUAAAAAAAAGGACUAAUCAAAAAAAAAAAAAAAAAAAGAAA